AUGUAUAAUCAAGGAUUUGUUAGAAAUUCUUGUGGUCAUGAUAAUACUACAAGUUGUGCAAAUUGUACAUCUCCAGAAAAACCUCUGGAUGUUAAUAAAUAUGCAACGAAGAAGACAAUUGCACAAGGAAUGUUAGAUAUAGCUCUUCUCACAGCAAAUGCCAGCCAGUUAAAAUAUAUAUUACAAGUUGGACACAAACAUGAAUUUUACACUUUGAUGUUGGGACUCAUAACGACAUCUUUAAUAUUGCAGGUUUUGAUUGGAAUAUUAUUACUUUCUUUAAAUUUCAUGAGAGACUGCAAAUUGCAUUUACUGGAAUAUAAAAAUUCGGCGACUUACAUCAAUUACUUCACGACGGGGGUGAUCGUAGGGAUUUUAUUUCUCGUUAUCGGAGGACUUGACGUAUCGGUGGCCGUGUUAAAUCUCAUAUUGAGCCGUUUGGACGUUGAAGAAUUUAAAAACAAAGGAAUCAUGACCGUAUUGAAUCACAUAGGAAAUGGUUGCGCCAUGUUUGCUAUGAUAUCUGACGUCAUCAAAAUGAGUUUUGGAUUAGAUCCGGCAUUAUCGAUACGAGAUUAUUAUAAAAAGAACAACGUCACCAUAUAA